UAUCCUUUCCAUUAUUCCCACCAGCACGAAGCUUCUCCGCCAUUUUCAUACCAAACAAUGGCCGUUCUACCAACUGUGGGCCUAUGGGUCCCUCCGCUUCGAGUCAUCGAUCGCCGUAGCUGUUCUGAGCCCUUCCUUCAAACGACUUUGACCCCGCUCUUGCUUAUCCAAUCUGCUCAGCCUUUCCAUUUCCCUUGUGGCUUUUUUCAGUCGUAUUCCGCGAAUUUGUCAAACACAACGUGAUAGGUUGUUUAUUGUUUCGCUUUUUGGUUCUUUGAAAUUGAAGCGAACCGAUUUCAUCUGCCUUUGUCGUUCUGGCUUGCAUGAUUGGUUUGAUUGACUCGAGUGUCCUUGAUUGUAAUUAAGAGUGAGAUUCUCCUGGCUGUUUCUUAGUACUUGCGUUAAUGGCGGAUGGUAUCUGAUUCUUUUGCUUGUUCACUUGUUUUGGCUUCUGAGUUCUUUUGAUCUUGGUAAUUGGAUUCGUUCUGUUUGGAGCUUCGUGUUCCAAGCUAUUUUUUCCACUUCAUCUGUCUCUUGGAAUCUCAAAUUUGCUUCCAUUUCUGAAUGUUCUUGAUCGACUUGAGUUUUGUUGCAUACUGAUUGAUUCUUCUAGGUUGUUUCUUACUCUUGCUUUAAUGGCGGACAAUGAAGGCUUCCUUCUGUGGUGAUUGAUUCUUUCGCUCAUUGGGCCCUUGUUUUUCUUGGAAUCGCCUUCGGGAUUCUCUGAUUUGUUGUUUUUUUGUUUCAAUCUAUUUUCUGUUUUGAUCAUCUUCAUUGUAAAUCUCGCUUCAUCUCUGAAAGAUAGCCGCCAUGAGAGCUUCAAAUGAUCAUUUUCUCAUCUGGAUUCUUUGUGCUCUGUGCUUAUCAUCAUCUCUUUCAUCAGGAUUCACUCCCGAUGAUAAUUUUCUGAUCGAUUGUGGAUCAUCCUCCAAUAGUACAGUAGGAGAUCGUCUAUUUAUAUCUGAUGAUUUUUCAUCUAAUAUUCUUUCCAACCCAAAUGGGAAAUCUCUUUCCACUACAAGCAACGUAUCUAGUUCAUCUCCAUUGUUCUUAUUCUCAUCUCUCCUUCGAACUGCAAAAAUAUUUGAAACAACUUCCAAAUACAACUUCAAAAUAAAGAAGCAGGGCAGGCACUGGAUCCGCCUCUACUUUUACCCUUUUGUUUCUGGAAACAUGGACUUGAGUUUGGCUAGAUUCUCAGUUUCUGCUCAAAAUAUCACCCUUCUCAAAGAAUUUCAGAUGGACAGUGGCUCGGUAAUCAAGGAAUAUUCUCUGAAUGUUACUUCCAGUAAUCUUGUUCUUACAUUCACUCCCAUGGUGAAUUCAUUUGCCUUCAUCAAUGCCUUGGAAGUUGUUUCUGUCCCUAAUGAACUGAUUCCCUCGAGUGUUCCCACUGUUGAGAAGCUUGUAAGAAGUUUGGGGAACAGGGCGUUGGAGACUGUUGCUAGAGUGAAUAUGGGCAAUGAAACUGUUUCUCCGAACGAUGAUACUCUCUCACGCCUUUGGGUUGCGGAUGGGCCAUUCUUGAUGCAUAAUGAUCAGGUCAUCGUUGGAAAGUUUGUGUCAAAUCUUACAAAAGUGAAUAUGACAAGAGACUCUGAAAUUAUGGCCCCCCGUUCUGUAUAUGGAACAGCAACUCAAUUAGGAGCUGAUGCUGAUGCGAAUGCUAAUGUUAAUGUAUCGUGGUCAUUCGACGUCGAUCCAGGCUAUGAAUAUCUGAUUCGUUAUCAUUUCUGUGAUAUUAUAGAUCUUUCUCUCAGAUCGCUGUCCUUCAAUGUUUAUGUUAACUCAUGGAAGGUUAAAGAUCAUCUUGAUAUUGGUAAGCUCACUUCGGGCAUCCUAGGUGCACCCUAUGUUCUGGACACCAUAGCCAGUCCAAUUGACAGCUCUAAGUUCAAAAUCAGUGUUGGCCCUAGCAACUUUCAUGAGUACUCAGCUGCCAUUCUUAAUGGGCUCGAGAUCAUGAAAAUAAGCAAUUCUCGGGGGAGCCUUGACGAACCCUCGUUUGAUUUAGACUCGAAGAAAGUUUCCAAUGUAAAAGUUGGUCUUAUAGCAGGCUUGGUUGCUGGACUGCUUGUUGCUGCUGUUUUGGCCACUCUCGUCAUUGUGUUGUGCAGAAGAAGAAGGCGAUUGGCGCUCGUUCGCCACUCGAAGGAAGAGGACAAUUAUGGUGUGAAUGGAAGAGAAAGCAAGUAUAUCAUUGGAUCUGUUGGCUUUUCAAGCUCGAAAAUCGGUUAUCGAUAUCCUCUUGCAGCUAUUCUGGAAGCUACAGAUCAUUUUAGUGAAAGUUUAGCCAUUGGCCUUGGAGGGUUUGGGAAAGUUUACAAGGGAAUGUUAAGGGACAACACAGAAGUGGCAGUGAAAAGAGGGACUUCGAAAUCUCAGCAGGGUCUUGCAGAGUUCCGAACCGAAAUCGAGAUGCUAUCCCAAUUUCGCCACCGUCAUUUGGUAUCUCUGAUCGGGUACUGCGAUGAGCAAGAUGAGAUGAUUAUAAUUUAUGAGUACAUGGAAAAAGGGACCCUCAAGGACCAUUUGUAUGGAUCAGAACUUCCAAGUUUGAGCUGGAAACAAAGGCUUGAGGUCUGCAUUGGCUCAGCUAGAGGACUUCACUACCUUCACACUGGCUCCACAAAGGCAAUCAUCCACAGAGAUGUCAAAACUGCAAACAUUCUUCUAGAUCAAAACUACAUGGCCAAAGUUGCAGACUUCGGACUCUCGAAGAUCGGCCCGGAAUUCGACAAGACUCAUGUCAGUACAGCGGUGAAAGGAAGCUUUGGCUAUCUCGAUCCUGAGUACUUAACGACGCAGCAACUGACCGAAAAAUCAGAUGUGUACUCUUUUGGCGUGGUAAUGUUUGAAAUCCUUUGCGGUAGGCCUGUCAUUGAUCCAUCUCUUCCAAGGGAGAAGGUGAAUUUAAUUGAAUGGGUGAUGAGGAAGGGAAGAGAUCAGCUGGAGGCGAUCGUUGAUGCUUGUAUUGUCGAGGAAGUCGAGCUAGAAUCUCUAAGAAAAUAUGUAGAGACAGCAGAUAAAUGCUUGGCAGAAUGCGGGAUGGAUCGUCCAACCAUGGGAAACAUUCUGUGGAAUCUGGAGUGUGCACUCCAACUCCAAGGGAAUGAAAGAUCUCUUCAUUUAAAGGAAUCAUCCUCACAAGCUGAUCUUUCCAACAGUUGGGAGGCGAGUGUAUCGACGACUCAAUUCAGCACGGGAAGUGCUGUCGAUAUCGCCGGUGUUUCGAUGAGUAAGGUAUUUGCUCAAAUGGUGAGGGAAGAUAUGAGAUAGGCUACACUCUUAUCAUUCAAGAAGAACACACGAAUGAAUCAUCAGUAGAUUUUGUAUAAAAGUGAAGGAAUUCAAUUCUGUAAUGUGUAUUGUAUUAUGGUGCAUCUCACAUUGUUUAAGGUGAUCGAAUUGAUUUAUAUAUAAUCGUAGCGGAACUUAAAUGGUAUGGCGGUGUUCGAGUUUUCA